CGAACUCCAUCUUAUAAUUGUAUGAAGAUAGGUUAAGCUCUAAGGUUUAGGCCUAGGAGACCCUAGGCGUAACACUAGACUAGCCGGUUGGUUCGCGUCCUCGUCGGGUCGUGUUUAGCCCUAGGCUAGCCCUGCCUAGCCUAGGUAGAUAGGGCGGGGUGGUUUCACUUCCUAGAAGAAAUUUAGGGCCUGUUUCUACUGGAAAGUAAACAUCGAUUAAAAAUCGGUUUUUCAAAAAAUCGAUUUUUUUUUCUCGCAGUAGAAACAGGAACAGUUCGAAAAAAGUGAUUAAAAAAAAUCGAUCGCAAUGUAUAGCGGCAAAUAACAGAUUAUAUAAGGUGAAAUGCAUGGAGGGUGAAAUAACCUCCAGGUCAAACCACUGCAAAGCUAGAUCGUAUCACGCGCGUACUUUAAAAAUGAUUAGUCCUGUUUCAUUAUGAAGUUAGUACAUUUAUCCACAUUAUUUACUUAAAACAUCAAAUUAUAUCAUGUGUUGUGACCAAAAAUAUAAACAAUCAAAAGACCCUAUUUCAAACACAGUUUGCAAUGUUUAAGUACUGAAAUAUUAAGAUUUACAUUAUGAUUUAGUGUAGCACACAUAGUGACUGAGAUUCAUACGACAUUCAUUAAAGAUUUCCACCAGUACGACAUCUCAAUUACUAUGUUCAGCGUACCUCAUUGUAGACCUAUAUUAUUAGGGUCCAUAAAUUCCUGAGCAGUCUCUCUGGGCACCAAGUGUCAGGCAUGCUGAGCAAUUCUUGAGGUGAUUCAUUGGGCAUUCAUCCUAUGUCACCAACAUAAACCAAAUCUCCAUUGUAAAGGACAACAUGGUAUAUUUUCAAGUGAAACACACUUUUGUGCCUUUGCUUUCAGUUGUGUUUGUAAUCAUGUCUGCCUCAACUACUGAACAUCUCUCUGAUGUUGCAAAAGCCAGCAAUGAAUUUUCAUUUCAUCUGUAUAAAACACUGCUACCAACUACCAAAGAUCAGAACAUUUUCUUCUCGCCUAUAAGCAUCACAACGGUGCUGUCAAUGACGCACCUGGGAGCACGCGGUCAAACGGCUGAUCAGAUGAAGCAAGUUCUGCGAUUUCAACAUAUCGAAGAUGCACAAUAUCACAGAUCUUUCAAAGAAAUGAACCAACUGCUGUACACCAGCGAUGGUUCUAACAUCUUGAAGUCUGCAAACCGUCUUUUCAGUCAUCAAGGGUUCCGCAUUCAAGAUGAGUUCCUCCGCCAAACAAAAACUCAUUAUGGUUCUGAGUUAGCAACCCAUGAUUUUAUACAAAAUUCUGAAGAAGCUGUAAAAGCCAUAAAUGCUUGGGUUGAAAGGGAAACAGACGGUAAAAUCAAAGGUUUGAUCCAGAAUAUUGACCCAAUGAUUCGUUUGAUUUUGAUUAAUGCAAUUUACUUUAAAGGAAUGUGGUUGCAACAAUUUGAUGAACAAAAUACUCGUAAAAGUAGUUUUUAUGUCUCUAGUAAAGAUAAGCUUGAAUGCAAUUUGAUGUAUCAAAAGAGAGAAUUUAAUUUAACGUAUGACUCGGAAAAUAAGUGUGCUGUUCUUGAUCUACCAUAUAAGGGCAAUGAUCUGAGCAUGCUCAUUGUCUUGCCAGAUGAAGUUGAUGGGUUAACUAGGCUAGAGAAUAAGUUAUCGGCUUCACUUCUGCAAUCCUGGACCAGUAAAUUAGAAAGUGAAAAAGUUGAAUUAUGGCUUCCAAAGUUUAGUUUGUCACAGAAGUUUCAGUUAAAUGAUGCACUAACUAAAAUGGGGAUGGGAUAUCUAUUCGAUGCGGCAAAAGCUGAUUUGUCUGGAAUCGCGGAAGAGUUGUUUGUGAGUGAGGUCAUACAUAAAGCAUUCAUUGAAGUUAAUGAGGAGGGUAGUGAAGCUGCAGCAGCCACAGCUGUUAAGAUGAUGAAGCGUUCAAUAGAACUCGUCACUCAGUUUCGGGCUGAUCAUCCAUUUUUGUUUGUUAUUCGUGACAGGCGCACUGAAGUGGCGCUCUUUAUGGGCAGAAUGGCAAAACCACCAAAUGGCAAUGGACAUGAUGAGCUGUAAAAUUUUGUAAUCAACAGUAAUUAGGAUUUUGUUUCUAUUUCUUCAAGUUGCUCAAUAAUUUCAAUAGUUUAAAAUACACUAAUAUAUUUUUUAAUUGUUCAUCAUAAUCAUUAUUAUUAUUGUCAUCAUUAUUAUUGCUAUUUUCUAUUGCUUAGUUUUCACAAUUAACAAUUGUUAAAGUUACGGUAUAAUAUUCUGACUAUAAUAUUGUUA